UACCAGCAUACAGAGUGCGACGAUGAAGAACUCGGCCAUCCUGCUCACCGUGAUGCUGCUGUCGCCUGUGUUGAAAGCGGAAGCUAAGGUGUUGCCAGGUGGGGGAGGACUUGUGCGACCAGGCGGAGGCCGUUUAUGUGGCACGCAAAUCUGCCGCUUUGGACAACGCUGUGUUGACCUAGUUGUGUGCGUCAGAGCUCCCUGCCCAAGGAUGUCUCAAUGUGACAAAGAAAACAAAACUAGGAGAAAGAGUUUGAAGAAUCAAACCUCCUACCCCUCUCUCCUCAAAGCGAGGCGACUCUGCCACAAAAUGUACGUCCUUUGGCAUACUAAAGUGAUGCUGACAGAGGCGCAAAUUCGUCCUCCCGGAAAGGGCACCAACCCAGCCAAUCGCCGCAAACCGAAACCCGUGAAAUGUGGCGAUAAGUUUUGCCAGCCACACCAGCGCUGCGAGAGUGGCUUAAUACCGGUACCUACCUGUUACUGAAAGGAGCUUUCCAGCAAUAAAGGACUCACGGGACGACCACCAGCUUGAUAUGUUUAGCUUGAUUUUAAAGUGAACGUUUUUUUACGCAAGGAAAAUUUAUUAUUCUACCGUUAAGUGAGGCUUGGUACAGAAAACACGUGAACACAAGCCUCGAGGCUCCGCUCCAGACUAUCAAAUGCACUGAAGAAGAGGCGACCAGGCAUGACCUGAUACCCGUCUGUCCUUGUAAAACCGUUGUUGUUUCGAAUAAAGUUGUUUACUACCAAGA